AUGACCACCCCGCAAGCGCCAGACCCCUCCAACCCCAGAACCCCCCAAGCAACCCUGACCGCAUUCUGGAACAGCUUCAUCACCAAAACGCCAGGCAAAGUCACCACCAUCUUUCCCCAGAGCCUCUACGCGGAUCUCCUCCCGUCGCAACAAGAACUCCCGGGCCAAUCAGCCGCGCGCAAUGCAGCGGAGAGCUACGAGGCGGCCGCCCGCCAGUGCCGGGCGGAGGUCCAGCGCAUCGUGCGGGAGUGCCACCGCAUGAACGAGAAGUUCACGGACCCGGACUUUGACAUUGAGAAUGAUCGCGAGUUGGAGCUGUGGAAUUGCCUGCGCGGGUUGGUGCGGGGGGGAAAAUUUGGCGGGGAGGGGAGGGGAGUGUCUUUGGGUGCUGCACGAGGGAGGAAUGGUGCUGCGGGAGGCAGGAGGGAUGGUGUGAGGGGGAAGGGUGGUAGGGGGUCUGGUACGAAGGCGGAUGAUGACUGGCGGUCCAGCAGCUCCUCCUCUUCCUCCGAUGACAACGCUGACGAGGAAGAGGGCGUCCCUGGCUCCGUCCACCGCGUCGACUGGAUCUUCGAGGACCCCCAGUUCACGAUCGACGGGUACUCCAACACGGACAUCAAGCAGGGCGCCAACGGCGACUGCUGGUGGCUGGCGGCGGUGGCGACGAUCUGCAACCGGCAGGACCUGAUGGAGCGGAUCUGCCUGGCGCGCGACGAGGAGUGCGGCGUCUACGGCUUCAUCUUCUACCGCGACGGCGAGUGGGUGUCGACUGUGGUGGACGAUAACCUGUACCUGUCCCACGAGGACUUUGACUUCUACGGCGAUCGCUACGACAGCACGGGCCGGCUGGCGCGGCAGUACCGCAAGCGGCAUCAGACGGGCUCCGAGGCGCUGUAUUUCGCCAAGUGCUCCGACGCUAAUGAGACCUGGCUGCCGUUGCUGGAGAAGGCGUAUGCCAAGGUGCAUGGCGAUUAUGAGGCGCUCUCCGGCGGUUGGUCCGGCGAGGCGGUCGAGGAUAUGACUGGCGGCGUGACGACGACGAUCGCGACGAAUAAGGUGCUCAACAAGAAUACACUGUGGAAAGAGUUGGUGAAUGCGGAGCGGAAUUUUGUGUUUGCUGCGUCGGCGCUGGGGACGGGCAGAGAGUGGACGCGCGGGGGGCUGGCGCUGGGGCAUGCGUAUUCCAUUCUCCGGGCGACGGAGGAGGAAGAUGAGAAUGGGAAGAAGGUGCAGUUGGUGCUGGUCAGGAACCCCUGGGGAGAGAGGAAUACCGGCGGGGUCGGGGAGUGGAAUGGCCCCUGGAGCGAUGGCUCGCGCGAGUGGACCCCCUACUGGCUUCAGAAACUGCAGCACCGAUUCGGAGACGACGGCAUGUUCUGGAUGGCCUAUGAGGAUCUGCUCUCGACGUUCGUGUUUCUGCAUCGGACGCGCAUCUUCGACGAGACGUGGACAGUGGUCCAGCGGUGGACGAGCGUCAGCGUCCCUUGGAUUGAAGGAUAUCUUCGAACCAAGUUCGUGGUCGAGAUCAGGGCAGCUGGCCCUGUGGUUUUCGUUCUCUCUGAGGAGGAGAAUGCGAAACCCGGACAGCACUUAUUGCUAGUGCGGCCGGUUCAGUGCCGGGGCAAUCGCUCGAUCAGUGCGGAGGUUAAGCUUGAGCCCGGCAGAUACGAGAUUCUUAUCAAGCUUCUCGCAACCAGAGACUCCGAUCAGAAGAACGUGGAAGAUGUGGUGAAGAAGUGGGUGGAGAAGAAUCCCCAGAAGCUGAAACAAGUUGCCAUGAAUUACGACCUGGCAAAUGCUAAAGUUCAAUCUGGGAACCAUAAGGAAGCUCAGAUCAAGGCAUCAAAUGCGACCGGCGAGACUGCAAAGGAAGAAGCUAGCAAGAGUGAGGCUGGCAAGGGUGACGCUGUCCAGGAUGAGAUCGGCAAAGUUGAAGCCGGUAAGGAUAAAUCUGAAUCUACUGAGUCGGCCAGCGAUAAGCCUGAACACGAUCAGUCUGCACAGAAGGCAGACGUGGAGAAAGCAGAAAGUGCUCAGCAUGAUCAUGAUGUCAGCAAGGAGGAGAUUCUCCAAAGAGAAGGUCACGCUGCAGAGCCUUCACCUGCAGAGCCUUCACCUGCAGUGCUUCAAACACCUGGUUCAUCAGAAGGGUUUCAUGAGGACAAGGGCAAAGACACUAAAAAGCAUAACGAAGAAAAGGUGCAAGAAGAUACAAAGCACCUUGACAGACAGAAUGAAGACAAGAAACAUGAAGAUAAUAAUGAUAAUGAGAAGAAGCAUGAUGACAAACACCACGACAAGAAGGAUGUGGAUAAGAAAGACGACAAACAGGACGAUGACAAGAAAGACCAAGAUAAGGAAGAAGCAACUCCCCAUGAGCAGCCAGUUGAUACAGAUGGCAGUUCACCAUCAGCAUGGAAUGCAAUCUGCGUGCUUGGCUUGCGGGUCUAUGCCUGUGAUCCCCAAGUUAGUAUCGAGCUU